AUGAAGCUCGGCAGAGUCCUAUUGCUCACUCUGAUUGCGAUAGCAUCGGCAACACAUGAUGGUACUGGUAAAAGUGGUACCGGUGUCGUCUCGAACCGCCGACUACUAGAAGAUACGGGUGGAAGUGACCUUUUUACCUGCUCGUCGGGUGGUGUAGAGACCGACACUGACCAGUGCCUCCAACACAAGGGUGGCAUCAAUGUCACUUGUUCAUGCUCUUACUUUUGUCCUGGAGGAACUUUGGUUGGAUGCCUAGAUGAAGGGGAAUCCACAUUCUUUGGCUGCAGUGGUGGUGAUCCCAUUGCUUGUUUUGAGAACCCCUCCGAAGAAGGAGAAGGAGGUCUCUUUGGCAUUGACUUUAAUUUUGGAUUCUUGGAUCGAUUCAAUCUCUCCGUUUCACUCGAUUGCCCUCAAGUUCUGGAUGACAUUUCUUGCGACGACGAAGACCCAGAAGAUCCUGUGAAAUGUGGCCCUGCGAGGUCGUGUCCCUACGCAUCCGCUUGCCAUGCGCAAUCGGCUGGAUAUAAUGUCGAAUUGGAUUGUUGCCCGGACACCAGCAGCACUUGUACCUCGGAGCUGGAACCAGUCAGUUGUACCCAACCUAUUAUUCCUAUUCCUACUACUUGCACUGCCAACACGGACUGCCCCGAUGGCCAUUUUUGUUCCACGAGUUCAGGAAGCUGCGAGAUUAUGUCUUGCAUCAACUGGGCACACGGUCCUCCUACAGGUGAUUUCUCUUUUAGUGAAGAACCCUGUGUGGCAGAAGGAUCCCAAGAGGGGACUGCCUUUUGUGGCUGGGAUGGAAAUUGCUACACAUAUUCCUGUGAAAAUUGGUACCGAUAUGGUCCAGUGGAAUUCACCAGCUAUGACGUCGAAGAUCCUGCCGAAUUAUCCUGUGAAGAAUACACCACCGGUGCAUCCGAUGAUCAAAACUCGGUCGUUUUUGGAUGCCGACCCUAUCAGCCCGGAUUUAUGGCUCCACAGCAACGUUCUUGGACGCAUUUCUUCAACCAACGAUGCUCUGCCAAUCCACGAGGCGACGAUGAGUUUGAGUGCUUUCAAAAUGCUCCCGAAACAGACUAUUCCGAUUUCUUGGGAGAAGCCGCGCGCCUCAACCCAGGCACCUGUGACAGAAAUAAUUUUGAAAAUGAGAUGCCCCUCUAUUGGUAUAUUCUGCAGGUGCAACACGAUCGAAACGGACAAAUCACCAAUUACAAUCAUCACGGGCGAGAAAGUACAGCUAGUUCCGAUUCGUUUGAUGCGGCCGCAGCCGACAGGACCAUGUUUGCCCGCUUGGUCAGUGAGGAUGACCCACCCGCUCGGCCAGACCCACCCGCUCGGCCAGCAAUCACCGCUGGUAACGACGACAAGACUUGCCCGUAUGAUAAUCAAUGCCAAGCGGAUGCUGCCGGGUUCGACGAGGGCCAAUGCAGUGAAGGCGGUAUCUUGGGGUUGUUUGACUUUGAUUUCUUGGACCGGUUCAACUUGACCAUCUUUCCAGGAGUGAUUGUCGAUGCAACGAGGGCACUCACCAUGUGCCCAAAGAAAUGGGCAUCUGUGCUCCAAUGCACCGUUCUUGAAUGCCCAAAUGCCCUCACUUCUUGCCCCAGUCUCUUUGACGUCUUCGAUGGACCCGCCGGAACCGAUAGCAAUACCACUACCUGUGAUGCACUGGGCAAUGGCAUCUGCAAUGCUUUCGGGCCCAUCGAUGAGGACUGCUGCCUCGCCCCUUGCGUGCAAUCCAUUGUGGAUCUCUCUACCUGUGUCGUGGAGGCGACCGUGGGACAAUUUCUUGAAUGCAGUGUUCCAGACUGCUCCGGCAACAUUACGACAAUAGCGGAAGAAGCACCGAUUCCCCCCACCGGCGCCCCAACAGGAACACCAACAUCUCCGCCAACUAGUCUUCCUACUGGCACUUCCACUGGAACUCCAACAGGUACACCAACGUCUUCGCCACUGGUCUUCCCACGGGGCUUUGGCUUUAGUUUUGGAGAGUAUCGCAUCGGAGACAUCGAUAGCGCUUGUCCAGAAUGGCAAAUCUUUGUCCAGUGUGUCAUUUCCGAUUGCUCCCAAUUCCUCGACGAUUGCGAUGGAACUAUCAGGGAAGACGACGGCCCACCUGUUGUGGCCCGACAAGGGGCUUCGACGGGGCCUACCUGCGGCGACCUCGAGAAUGGUAUGUGCCGGGUAUUGUCUGGCGAAAGCUGUUGUCUUGCAGAGUGCUUGGCCCACAUGCAAAAUCUGGUCACCUGCGUGCAACGCGAGCUCGCUGGCAACGACUUGUCGUCGUGCUCUGCCGUGGCGUGUACUGCCGAAGACUCUCCUGGUUCUGGUGCAGCAGUUGUGGCCCGUUCCGGCAAUGUUGUUGAGGAAAAGCCGGUGAAAAAGAGUUACUCAGAGCCGGCCGAAGAAGAUAGUAUUCUUGGUGUGAUGAUCUCAUCAGGAGGCACCAGAAUUCGCCACAGCGUGCUGUCCAUUGCACUGGCCACACUCUUGACGCUGGGAGUUACCCUUCGUCUUUGA